UGCGGUUGUCUGGCACUGUCGAAUCUCGACAAUAAGUCGUCGCAUAGCGAUCAUGAAAGGGCUUUCAGCGUCGGUUUUCUCGCGUCUUUGUUUUGCAUGGGCUUAUAAUCCACGCGACUCGCCAUCCUUUGGUCUACUUUGGUUCUCCUGAAAUCUUGUUUGACCAAUAUGCCCGCCAUUCGACGCGGGAGUACAUACCUCGAUGUCUCCACGACAGCACACACGCCUGAGGGGCGUCUGAAACUCGAUAAACUUCAUGCUGGUCGCAACCUUGCGUAUCAGAAUGCUGUCUGUACUGCUUUGCUAUUCAUUUGCGAUGAAAAUCGCGACCUUGGUCCCGCGGAUACCUUGAGCGUAUCCUUUAAAGAUUUCCAGACUACAAUGAGAGGUCGGGCAAGCGCUGCUGAUAUGAAGAUGGGCUCUGGGAAGCAUCCUCACUUGCGGCGGCUGCUCUCAUUCUUUUGGGAGCAUGGGCACAUCGACUUGACCUUUGCUCACAAUGGCCGUCAGCGAAACGUGGUCCAAGAGAUCGAUAUUCAACCAAGUUUUCGGGAAAUAUAUCGCGGCUUUCAGGAAGUCCUGGACGGGUAUGGAACAUUAUCAGCACGGGAGAAAUACCGUGCAUAUAUGUCGCUUGCAACCAAGGUAUUUGGCAAGGACCGAACACCGACUGUGCUUGAGGCGGCUAGAUGUGCUUUCCAAUAUUCCAGAAAAUAUCAGGAUUUGGCAUCCUCUUUGCAUCGAGGAAGAGAUGCCGAUGAUAGUCAGGUAAAUACCGUCGCGGACAACGAAGUUAAUGAAAGUGAUGACUCGAUGGACUCAAUGCAGUCCGAGGAACCCCUUGACUAUCAGGUCGUUCCCUUCACUCCCGCUCGCGCGCUGAGCUAUAGCCACAGUCAUCAAGACAUUGGCCUCCCCACACCCGAGUCAAUGCCUCGGCGACAUGUAGCCUUGUUACCACCUACAUCCCCAGCAUCAUCCUCCGAGGUCAUAUCUUCUGGUAAUGAUGCUCACAGUCAUUCUGAUAGGCAGAACCCUCAGGCGUCUGGCUCGCGUUUCGGCUACAUUUCUGUCGUCGCUGGCUAUGCUGCAGGUUUCGUGCAAGGUUUUAGAUCGUCAUCUCGCAUGUUCCUCCCAGAGAUAUCUUUGCUGCAAACACAAGUCACAGAUCUGCAAACGUCCUUGACCGCUGCAGAAGAGCAUCUUCAUGCGGCAAACAGGACCACCCACGCGUCGCAAGAGCGAUGCUUAGCUAUGCUUGAAGAUCUUAAAAAUGCUCGCAUCAACAUCACCGACCUCGAAAAUCGUGCUUCAAGUGAUGCAGUUGAAAAGGACAAGUUGCAACAAGAAGUUGGUCAGCUCAAAGCAGAGGUGACACGGCUGCAAAGCGGUGUGGAAUACAUAACUCAGUUUGCACGAGGGUUGAUGCCGCUGUAAUUCUUGAUCUCGGACACAAGUUUUUCCGUAUUUCACUUGACGAGCAAUCGCACGUAAUUCAUCGCAUUUGUGAUAUGUACUACUAGUUCUAGAGCGGUGAAUGCUAUGUUGAUAUCCUGGCUGU